UACAAGCUAUCGCAUUUGUGGCAAAUCUCUGGAGUGCGACUGACAUUCAGAAGGCCAAAAUGGUUAGGAUUUUUGAAAAUUCCUUGCUGAAGCAGAAAACACGUUAUCAGCUAUUGGCCACGGUUAUUGUGAACAUCAUUACCUUUGGCCAUGGCGUGGGUGUGGGUUGGCUCUCGCCGACCCUGACCAAAAUCCAAACGCCAGACUCACCCCUGGAUUUUGAAGUCAAUCUGGCUGAGAUAUCCUGGCUGGGUUCCAUGUUGGGAUUGGGAAGUCUGUGCGGAAAUUUAACCAUUGCUCUGCUAAUUGAAAGAGCUGGCAGGAAAUUCUGCAUCUACUUGCUGGCGGGUCCGUAUGCGUGCAUUUGGAUUUUGAUAUACUGUGCAUCCAAUGUGUACUUCCUGUAUGCAGCGCGAUUUCUGUGCGGUUUUACCGGAGGAGCGGGAUAUGUGGUGGUUCCCAUUUUCAUCAGCGAAGUUGCCGACAGCAACAUUCGGGGGGCCCUGACUUCCAUGGUGAUGCUAUCCGUCGAUUUGGGUAUACUGGCUGGCUAUAUACUUAGCACUUAUCUGGCCUAUCAUGUCGUACCCUUCCUGGCCAUUAUAUUGCCCGUUGCCUACUUUAUGGCCAAUAUAAUGUUACCCGAAACGGCACCGUAUCUACUAAAAAAGAGCCAACUUUCUAAAGCCGAGUGCUCGUUUAGAUACUAUAGAAAUCAGAGGGCUGCAAUCUGCGAACAAACAUCAAAGGUACAUUUUGAGGAACUUCGCACAGCCGUACUAGCCCAGCAGAACAGGAAUGCUACACCCCUGAGCUACAAGGAUCUCAUUACCAAACCCGCUCUUAAGGGAUUUGCGGCCUCCAUUGUCCUCAGUUUGGGCUACCAGUUCAGCGGCGUUUUCAGCUUCAUCAACUAUAUGUCCGAUAUUUUCAAGGCCUCGGGUUCGAUUGUGGAUGUCAACACGGCCACGAUUAUCAUAGGAGUUGUCCAGAUCGUUGGGGUCUACACAUCCACCGUACUCGUGGACAUUGUGGGCAGACGGGUUCUGAUGUUGAUCUCCACAAUGGGCGUGGGAAUCGGAUGUAUUGCCUUUGGAUGCUUUACGUACUUCGCCGAAAACGGCGGUCUCAGCGAUUUCAAUUGGCUACCCUUGGUGCUGAUGAUCAUCAUCUGUUAUGUGGCCAAUAUUGGACUGAUCGGAAUCUUUUUCCUUGUGCUGGUGGAACUUUUUCCAGUGAAGAUUCGUUCCCUAGCCACUUCGCUUUCUGUGAUUUUCUUGAGUAUCCUAGUCUUUGGCACCUUGAAAUUAUUUCCCCUAAUGCUGCACUAUUGGGGCAUUUCGAUAACCAUGUGGUUCUCCGCCGCCUCGGCACUACUCACCUUCCUUUACUUCUGGCUGUUUUUACAGGAAACCAAAGGAAAGUCCAUGAUUGAAGAUUAAUGGCCUUGCAUUACUUAA